GUCCUCUCCUCUCUCAGUCUCUCACAUAUUUUACUUAGCAAGGCCAGAGCCAUUAUUAGAAAAUGUCAUAGUAGUCGGUGGCAGUGGAGAGCUAUUAAGAACUUAAAAGACCCACAGACCCAGUUCCGAGUUCUGUUAGUACUUGGAGCCAAAUAGAAUGCAGUGAGCAAAAAGACCCUACAGUGUGCAUAAUUUGCUGUAUCGAUCUUUGCCUCCUAAAGAUGGCUAUGGGGAAGUAUUCCCGAGUUGACGGAAAGAAGUCACUGAAUUGUUGCUCAACAACCAGUCUAGUUGUAUUUGUUGCAUUUUGUUUAGUUGGGGUUUGGAUGUUAAUGUCAUCAGUUGUUCCGAUUCAGAGCCAAAACUUAUCAACUGAGGAGAAUCUGACCGAUAAAAGUUCUAAGCAAUAUGAAGACAGUUCUGGUGGAUUAUCAGAAACUGUAACAAGAGAGGAUGACAGUGGCAGUGAUUCACAGAGUGAAACCAAUAUUGAAAAUAUUCAAAAUGUUUCACAGGACGAGUCUGUGAGUACAAGUGAAGAAAAACAGGAAGAAGUGGUUUCAAAGGAGGUUUCUGAGGAGAAAGUUGAGUCUGAAAGUGAGAAUGGUGACGAGGGAAAUCAGCAAGAGAAGUUUGUGAAGGAGAGCUCUGAUGAGAAAACUGAGAGCGAAGAGGAACCAAAGACAGAGAACGAAAAUGAUGGGGAUGCGAAAGUAAAUGAUCAGGAAGCUAGUUCUGGAGAUGGUCAGUCAAACUCAGAAGCUGGAUCAACAGAGGAAGCAAGUGGUAAAACGAGUGAAAAUGAACAGACAGAAUUAGAGGGUGAAAAGAAUUCGGAGGGAGAUGAAUCUGCUGAUGAAAAGAAGCAGGAAGAUGAAGUUCCUAGUCAGACUGAUGAGGAGAAGGUUGAGAACAAUCAAGACAAUAAUUCAGAAGAAGGUGAUACCAGUAAUAACAUGGACAGUGAGAAGGAAACAGAAAAGUCUUCAAUAUCUAAAACUCAGAGUGAGUAUAGCUGGAAACUCUGUAAUGUCACUGCAGGGCCUGACUACAUCCCUUGUCUUGACAAUUGGAAAACUAUUAGAAAGCUUCCAAGUACAAUGCACUAUGAACAUCGAGAGAGGCACUGCCCUGAGGAAGCUUCCACCUGUCUCGUUUCUCUACCUGAAGGAUAUAGACGGCCAAUUCAGUGGCCAACAAGCAGGGAAAAGAUAUGGUACCACAACGUUCCUCACACCAAGCUUGCAGUAGUUAAGGGGCACCAAAAUUGGGUUAAAGUUACUGGUGAAUACCUUACUUUCCCUGGUGGUGGAACUCAGUUUAAGAAUGGUGCUCUUCACUAUAUUGAUUUUAUUCAAAAUUCUCUUCCUGAUAUUGCAUGGGGUAAAAGAAGCCGUGUGAUAUUGGAUGUUGGGUGUGGGGUAGCCAGCUUCGGAGGAUUUUUAUUUGACAGAGAUGUUCUUGCCAUGUCAUUUGCUCCCAAGGAUGAACAUGAAGCCCAAGUUCAAUUUGCGCUAGAGCGGGGUAUCCCUGCCAUAUCAGCUGUUAUGGGUACCACAAGGCUACCGUACCCAAGUUCUGUGUUUGAUCUUAUCCACUGUGCACGCUGUAGAGUCCCUUGGCAUGUUGAAGGUGGUAAACUGCUCUUGGAGCUUAAUCGUGUCUUGCGACCUGGUGGUUAUUUUGUUUGGUCCGCAACUCCGGUUUACCAAAAGCUUCCUGAAGAUGUUGGCAUCUGGAAAGCGAUGUCUGAACUAACUAAGUCAAUUUGCUGGGAUCUGGUGGUGAUUAAAAAAGACAAGCUCAAUCAAGUCGCUGCUGCUAUAUAUAGGAAACCAUCUACCAAUGAGUGCUACAAUGAAAGAGCACAAAAUGAGCCUCCUCUUUGCAGUGAAUCUGAUGAUCCAAAUGCUGCCUGGAAAGUACCAUUAGAGGCAUGCAUACACAAAGUACCUGAGGAUGCGUCAGAUCGUGGGUCUCAAUGGCCACCGCAGUGGCCAUCAAGGUUGGAGAAACCACCAUACUGGUUGAAGUCUCAGCUUGAUGUUAAUGGAAAAUCUGCGCCAGAAGAUUUUAUUUCUGACUAUAAGCAUUGGAAGAAUGUUGUGUCCAAGACAUAUUUGACUGGGAUGGGAAUCGAUUGGUCAUCUGUAAGGAAUGUCCUGGACAUGAGAGCUGUAUACGGAGGGUUUGCUGCAGCACUGAAAGACUUAAAAGUAUGGGUAAUGAAUGUAGUUCCGCCUAUUGAUUCUCGUGACACUCUUGCAAUAAUCUUUGAGCGUGGAUUAAUUGGAAUGUACCAUGAUUGGUGUGAAUCAUUCAGUACAUAUCCUAGGACUUAUGAUGUUGUCCAUGCAGAUCAUCUGUUCUCUGUCCUUAAGAAAAGAUGCAACCUAGUGGCGGUGAUUGCGGAAGUGGACAGGAUACUAAGGCCAGAAGGGAAGCUAAUCGUAUGGGAUGAUGCUGAAACCUUGAACGAGAUCGAGAGCAUGGUCAAAUCUCUGCAGUGGGAUAUCCGAUUUACUUACUCAAAAGACAACAAGGGUUUGCUCUGCAUUCAGAAAACGUUUUGGCGUCCUACUGAGCAAGAGACAAUUCUAUCAGCCAUUGCUUAAAGGCUUCAAUCUGUGUCUUUGACUGCCAAAGGCUUUGGUCAAUGCCGGCAUCAGCCUAUUGAGUAUUCUUUUGUUUACUGAAGCAUAAUUUUUCAAAAAUCAAAUAUCUACAAGUUAAAUCCAGUUGGAAAUGUAUGAUAUAGAAUUAUAGAUAGCUGCUCUUUUAGAAGCCCCUGUGUUCUCUCUUUUCCCUUUGUUGAAGCAGAGGGCUUACAACUUUUGUAUUUCAACAUUCUUGAAUGAAUCCUCCUAAAAAAAAAAACAUUCUUGAAUCUCAAA